UCGUCCGGGGGUCGUUUCUCACAUUCCACGGAGCUUCGAAUUCACGAUGAUUCGCGCUUCUCGGCAAUUCGUUCUCGCCUUUAUUGUAAUAUUCGCGACUGCAGACGAAAGAAUGGAGGUUGUGGAAAAUCUCGAGAGUGUCUUCCUACGUUUUUACACCGGGACGACAAUAGACAAGUACGUCGAUUACUCAUUGGACAACGCCAGAGCGCUGCAAACCAAACUGAUCGAUGACAGACGGACGGUGCUGUAUAUUCACGGUUUCUCGGAACAUCUGGAGAAAGAAAGCGUGCAAACGAUAGUGCAAGCUUAUCUGAAGCGAAACGAUCACAACAUCAUCGCAGUGAGUUACGCUGAACUGGCGAACGAGUCCUAUACGAAGGUAGUAAUGAGCACCGCUCCCAUCGGAGCCGCUCUUGCGUUGGUUCUCGACAAUAUGGUGCAGACAGGCUUCGACCCGGAGAAGCUGUAUAUCGUCGGCCAUUCAAUGGGCGGUCAAAUCGCCGGCUAUGUCGGGAGAAAAGUCAGCUUUCAGCUCUCUAGAAUCACAGGUCUGGAUCCCGCCGGUCCUCUCUUUAAUAUCCUCGUGCCGCAUCUCUCGUCCUCCGAUGCGCGUUUCGUGGAUAUCAUACACACGGACUACGGAUUCUACGGCAUUGGCAGGAACACAGGCACAGUGGACUUUUUCCCGAACGGCGGUACCCGUGUACAACCCGGCUGCCCGAAGAAUUUCACGUUCUACAGCACAGAAGGUAUGCAUGAUGCAUCCUCGAAACAUCGUAGCGGAUAAAUGGCACUCCAUCUUGAUCGU